AUGUCGAAGUCUGCUGGUCUCCUGCGGGCCUACGCGGUGCUGCGGCAGUUGGAGGUGCUGCGGCAACAAGACAUCCUCGACCCGCUGCCCAACGACACAGACACGGACGCCAGCAGCAGUGCAGUCCAUACAGAGGAUGAGAACAACACCCAAUACCCAUUAACGUACGGUACACAAUCAUUAGAAGAAGAAGAAGAAUAUAGAAAGAAAGAUGGUAUAUAUGUGAUAAGGGGUUCUUCACAAGAGGGUGUGAAAUCCCCAUCCCAUGAUGUUUCUCCACAUGAGAAGAGUAAAGUUUUACAACGCAUGUUGCAGGAUAUUGUAGAAUUACGCAAAAAGACAGUAAAAGUAAAAGAAACGAGAGAUGAUGAAAUUCAUCAACAAAAACAAAAAGAGUUAGAUAAAUUAGAGGAGAUGCGUAGACCUGUAGAGUACACAACAUAUGGAGAAAAUAGUCCAUUACCAGAGAAUCCAUCUUCUCGUUUGAUUUCUCCUUUAAAGGAUGAGGAAAACUAUUAUGACCAUAACAAUAGCAACAACAGGAAGAGAUAUGAUCAUCAUCAUUAUAUGAAUAAAAGUAAUCAUGAUGAUGAUGAUGAAAAUGUCUUCUUUGAUGAUCCAAGGUUUUCUACUCCUAGAGGAUUACCGCACGGUGUAAAGGAAAGAGAACACAACAAAAACCGCAAGAAUACAAAACCAUCACAUUAUACUACUAAAUCUAUGGAAGAGGGAGUUCAUACCGUUACUUUCUACGAAGUCCCUCCAUCCAAAGAUUCAGAGAAUAUAUUCACAUCACAUGAAUCACAACAUAGUUCACAUAAAAAAUCAAAACUUACGGUUAAUUCUCCAGUAGUGAGUGAUUAUGCCAAAUCUCUUAUUGAGCAACAUAGGAGUCGGAAAGAAAAACUCAUGCAUGAGAUUGCACAGAGAAAGGAACAACCACCACCAAUAAAGAAUAUGAAUAAUACGGAUUUACUUCAUCGCAUGGAGGCAACACCUCCAUCGGCUGCAAUUUCUCCUAUUACUCGUGUAGAUGAUGCUGAAGAAGCGUUUUCACCUUUCCCUAGUCAUCAAAUUGAUUUUGAUGAGAUGUGUGGAGAGAAUGAUAAUCAACCACUUAUAACAUAUCUUCAAGAACUUACCACGAUGGGUUCAGAAGAACUUCAGGAGGAACUUCACAAGAUGAAAAAUUGUGACGAUGAUGCCAAAAAGAAGAAUAAUAAAAACAAUAUCAAUACCAGUAGUGGUAGUAUCAGUAAUACUAAUACUACUACUAAUACUACUAAUAAAAUUAGUGAACUUCGUUGUCGAGAGUGGUUUGCCCUCACUGCCCUUGUAAAUUCACCAGAUACCAUUCGUCAUAUUAUUGUUCCACUGUUUCUAUCGGAAUUAACAGAAGAUAAUGAUACGAAUGAGUAUGAUAGUACUGACCCUAAUUCCCGUAUUUCACACAUCUUAUGUGCACUUAUUGGACUUGGAGAACUCGCUGCGGCCGCUUUACCAAUACUUCUAGAAAUGCUCAUGACACGACGUGGUGUUGCGAAACUUGUGGCUCUUGCUAUUCGUGCAGUGGGAGGCGAUGACGGUCUUCACGCACUGUGUCGAAUAGCACGAAAUAGAAAUGAUCCACAUAUUCGCUCCGCUGCGAUUUAUGGAGUGAGUACACUGGCGAAUCCAGUCUUGGGCAGUACAAAUGUAUAUUGUCUCAGUACGGCGGGAUUACGAAAUACCGUUGUAUUCUAUCAACCUCCAGUCCAAUCGGGAUAUGUAGAAAUCAAUAGUGAGAGCGGUGAACCACUGCGGGAAAUGUCAUUACAGCGUCCACCACCGUAUCGACCAACAGAUGUUUUCUUACAUGCAGAAACAGUUCGACAGCAAUUAUUACACUUCACCGCCUCUCGUCUGUUUCGCCGAUCUACACAUUCUUACGCCGUACUUCCAUUAGUUCUCCACAAUUUUACCAACGCGGCGGUGGAGGCAUCUCAACAAGAAGAGAUGCCACAGACGAUACUGAUAGCAUUACGUCGCUAUGCAAAUGAACUAGAUGAUAUUUCAUCUCUUCCACCUCGUGUAUUGCCCUUUUCAUAUGACCCACACUACAUUCAUCGUGAAGAUGAAUUAUUUGCUGUGGAGGAAACACUCAUGACUGUACUGUUAGACCCGCACACACCGCCGUGUGUGAUGGAGCAGUCACUUGUCUCACUGGCCUCACUCCCGGAUUUCGCCACCACACACGUGGCACCGGCGCUGUUGGAUUUUGUCGUGCAUUGUGUCUCUCGCUUUGAACAGCAUUGUGUGGAUGUGAAUCAUAAUAGUGUAGAUGGAGAAUAUACAGAUAAACAGUGUAGGCUUACGAGCAAGGAUAAACAUUCAAAAGAGAAAACCAAGGAUAAUGACAAGGAGGGAGGAGGAAGAGGAGAAGAAGAAGAGGAAAAAGAAAAAGAAAAAGAAGUGGAGGUGGAGGAGGGAAUUGCUGUGGAUGUGGCUGUUCUCGUUGCUGGUCUCGUCGCAUUGGGUCGAAUUGUGCGAAGUGAAGGAACACCGCCAAUCGUGACGGACACCGCCUGUGAAGUGUUAAUACACAAUUUAGUCGCAUUGCCAGUUAGAGUGCGGCAUGCCGCCUGUAUUGGUCUGGGUGAAAUCGGUGCCAUGUCCAACAAAACAGAACUCAUGGCACAAGCAUUGAAUGAUUGUUUGAAUGAUAGUGUGAUGAAUCAUGAAACCGUCGCAUGGGCACUCGCACGAUUGGGACAACCAGGAGUUUCUCUCUUAUUGGACCGAAUUACACAUGAAGAACAUUCGCAAAAUAUUAAAAUAGGUGGUGUAGCUCUUCCAAUGUCAAUACGUCUGAUGUGUGUACGUGCAUUGGCGACUAUUGAUAUACCAGUGGUCUCUCUUGGUGUUCCUCUUGUGGCUUCUCAACUACGAGAGAUGUUAGUACAACGACUCGGCAUGAUCGUUGCGGCAAAUAAGAUGGAAGAAAAUAUUCUGCUUGAAUGCGUCUAUGCAAUCGCAGAAAUCAUCGGUAAUCCCAAUAAUAAUAAUAAGAAUAGUAGUAGUAGUAGUGGUAAGAAUAAUGUUAUUGCCUCUAGGAAUGGUGAUUCUGCUGCUAUGGUUUCUUUUUCUGGAAAAUUCCAUGAUGAGGCUGCAGUGUAUUACCGCAAUGAAGUACCAAAUGAGGCGUUUGAGGUGUUAAAAUCACUUUUAGAGUCUUCAAAUCUUCCCUUUUCUGUACAACAGGCAUUAUUCUAUUCACUCUGCGCCUACGGUGGUGCACAUGGCGAACUAUACACUUCUCAAACAGCUAUUCAGAGCCCAAUUGUACUCUCACGGGCUGCCGCAACCUUUGGCCUGCGUGCCUGUGGUGGGAAAGUGAUUCGUACACUUGCAGUGGCAUUAAAUGAUGAGGCUGUAGAGGUACGUCUUGAGGCAUUUGAUACAUUAACCGCUAUUGGGGUGGAUCCUAUAUUAACAGUACUGCGUACACGUCCUCAUCAGCACACACGACAAGUAAUUGCUGCGCUAAGGGAUUGUUUAUUGCGUGAUAUUGGCCGAAAUGCUAAAAGGCAAGUAGCGCAAGAAUUGUAUACAGCAAUAACACAGUAUAGAACGCUGUAG